CCCCUCCCAAUUCCUCCUACCAAACCCACAAUGCCCUCCCCCCUCCGCACAGCGGCCACAGCCGCCCGCUACGGGCCCUCCACAACCCGCCAUGCCCUGCGCCGGCUCUAUUCCUCGAGCAGCCACUCCGCCGCAACGCCGGCAACCUCGCCCUUCGCACCGCGCCACCUGCUCUCAAUCGCGGACCUAACCCCGACCGAAUUCGCAACCCUCGUCCGCAAUGCCUCCUCCCACAAGCGGGCCAUCAAAUCCGGCUCCAUCCCUCAAUCCCUCCACGGCGCCCUCUCCGGCAAGACCGUGGCCAUGAUGUUCAGCAAGCGCAGCACCCGCACGCGCAUUUCCACCGAAGGCGCCGUCGUCCAAAUGGGCGGUCACCCCAUGUUCCUCGGCAAGGACGACAUCCAACUCGGAGUCAACGAAUCCCUCUACGACACUGCCGUGGUCGUCUCCUCCAUGGUGGAAUGCAUCGUUGCUCGCGUAGGCAAGCACGCUGACGUCGCGGACCUCGCUAAGCACUCCACCAAGCCCGUUAUCAAUGCCCUCUGUGACUCGUAUCAUCCGUUGCAGGCCAUUGCGGAUUUCCAGACGAUCAGUGAGCAUUUCGGUGGUUCUGGGAAGAACAAGGGUGGGAAGUUAGAAGGGUUGGGAUUGGAUGGGUUGAAGAUUGCUUGGGUGGGCGAUGCCAAUAACGUGUUGUUUGAUAUGGCAAUUAGUGCCAGGAAAAUGGGUGUUGAUGUUAAUGUUGCUACUCCCCGGGGUUAUGAGAUCCCUAAGGAGAUGUUGGAGAUCAUUGAGAAGGCGGGCGAGGGUGUUAAGUCCCCUGGAAAGUUGGUGCAGACGAAUGUUCCCGAGGAGGCGGUUAAGGGGGCUGAUGUGUUGGUUACUGAUACUUGGGUGUCGAUGGGGCAGGAGGAGGAGGCUGCGAAGAGGUUGAGGGAUUUCGCUGGAUUUCAGAUUACGAGUGAGUUGGCCAAGAGGGGUGGGGCCAAUGAUGGCUGGAGGUUCAUGCAUUGUCUUCCUAGGCAUCCUGAGGAGGUGGCUGAUGAGGUGUUUUAUGGACAUCGGUCGUUGGUUUUCCCUGAGGCGGAGAAUAGGUUGUGGGCUGCUAUCUCGGCGUUGGAGGGAUUUGUGGUAAAUAAGGGGAAGAUUGAGUGAUUGUGUGGAGUUGAGUAGGGAGUUGGGUUGGGGAAAAUAAAAGAAUUGUGGUUUUUGUAUGUAUGUAUAGCUUAUUUUUUGGUCGCAAUUGAGCUGUGUUGAU